AUGCAUCGACUUUUUGCUGAGCUGGAGCCAUCUGUAACCGUCACCGAGCAAAACCUGGCAGACCGAGUUCGGUAUAUCGUGCGCUCAAAUACAUUUGAUGUCACCGAACUCGAACGGCUACGACGUGAGGCUGUUCCUUCAUCGGGUGAAAAUGCUGCGGCUGAGGAUGCGGCGCCACAAAUGCCGGAUAUAACGCAAAAACUGACGGAGCGCAUAGAUGAUCUGAAGCAGAGAAUCGCUGCUUGGGGAAAGCGGAUUCGGCGAUAUACCGAGAGGUCGACACGGUUCAACCAGAAUCGUCUCUUCCAGAGUGAUCAGAAGAGGCUCUAUGAAUCAUUGGAGCGACCAAUGGUAAGUGGAACGGGCCCAGCCCCGAAUCAGGCCGACACUGUAGCAUUCUGGCGCGGCCUGUGGUCGGAGCCCGUAAACCACAGUGAGGGCCCUUGGACGGAAGUUGUGGCGAGACACAGUAUGGAAGAAAUAAUAAGCACGGAAGACGUAAAAAAUCUACAAAGUGGACAGCAAUCUAAAAAAAUUCAUGAACGGGUUUUACAUCAGUUAAAACGUAUAAUUGCACGACAUCAUUUCCUUGCUAGUAUAUCAACAUCACUUGACAACGUUUUAGGCGACGCAAUGCUUCUAAUCUACUCUUUUAGUGCUGUUUUUAUUUGUUUAACAGCAUAUACUUUUACGGUGGUGGAUAACUUUUACCAGUCUGUUCGAUAUUUUUUUUUCUUCGUGUCUUUACUUGUAGAAAGUUUAAAUCAAUGUGUUAUUGGUCAAAUUUUAAGUGAUCACAGUGAAAAAUUGACAGAAUCAAUUUACUCCGCUGAUUGGUCCUAUGCAAGUCCAGAAGCUAAAAAGAUCAUGCUAAUAUUUAUGAUGCGAGCUCAAAAACCAUUUCAAUUGACAGCUAAAGGAUUCCGUACAAUGAACUUAAAUACUUUUAGCACUAUUUGUAGCACUUCGUACCAGUUCUUCAACUUAUUACACACUGUAUAUUCUUAA